AUGGAAAACGUAUUAACGUUUGAAGAAUUUUUCGAACAAAUCCAGAGUAAAAUAAAUCGCCUCAAUGACUUCAUUGCAUUAAGUUUACGACGAAAAAAGAUUAGUAAUGAGUUGAAACAAAUCAUUGAUAAAUCUAUAAAAAUUAAAGAUGCAUUGGUGCUAGCCCAUCAAGCUUUGCAGGAAGAAUUGAAAAAAGUUGAAGAUGAUUAUGAGAGUGUUAUGUCCGAUAUGAGAAGAAAGCAAAUGAUAAUUAUGGAUUAUGUUAUAAAGGAGAAACAACGUAAACUAAAGGCGGCAGAAGAGGAACAGAAAAAAGUACAAUUACUACUAAGUUGUGGUAAAAGUGCACCCGGUGGAAGUGCGGUCAAAUCGUCGGCUGUGAAAAGGCUUGGUGGCGAUUUGGCUAGUCUGCAUUUGAAUCCGGCCAUUACACCGCGGUUGAAAAUGAGUGACUAUAAAAAUUUACCUUUGGUGAAGAAGAAAAUUGCUCCCAUACCUAUAUUUUUUGCGGAAUUUGAUGUACACAUAAGUCCACAACAAUUUGAUAAAAUACCAAAAUACAUGAGCGGUCGUGAAACUGUGGAUCAAUUAAAUGGUUUCUUGGAAAGCGUAAUUAUACCAUGCUUCAACGAAAAAUAUCAAUUAAUACAUAAACAGCGUAAUAUUUUACGCGGCAAUGAUUUGGAAUUAUGGAAACUGUACAAUGACCAGGCCAGUUAUUUACCAGGAAAAUAUUUCAUAACACCCGGAGAUAUUUCACGUCAUCAAAAUAAAAUGUUGGAUAAGAAGACACAAAAUCGUCUAACAAUGCUGCGGCAUAUAGGAAUAUUGCAGGAGCAGCGUAUUAAACAGACCGUGUGUUAUGUUUGGUCAUUUAAUGGUUGA